GCUGGAGCAGAAGAGCUACCAGCGAAUGCAGAAAGUCUCCACACGCGCAAUGCUGCUCUGUUGUGUGGUAUACCUGAUGAUGGGGGUCACCGGCUUCCUGGCCUUCGGUGAAGAUACGCUGGGCAACAUCUUGGGCAACUUGCAGCCUAUGCUCUGUGCGAAUGACUGGAUGGUCCGUUCCGGGAUGGCCAGCAUGGCCUUUGCCGUGACAAUGGCGUACCCGCUCAACAUUUUCCCAAUUCGUUUCUCGGUAGAGACGGCGUUGUUCUACCACAGACCCAGCCUCAACUGUUCCGCCGUGCGGACAGGCAUUGCCGUCGGCGCGGUCGCUUCGAGCCUUAUCGUUGCGAUU